GAUUUGCGUACGUUUAUCUGGCACAUAGUUUCUUCUAAAUGGUGUCUUGUAGUAGAUGUGAAAUAGUGAGAACUGUGAUCGAUAAAGGAUGAAUUACCUGCCAGGAACCGCAAGUUUAGUUGAGGAAAUUGACAAGAAAUUGCUGGUUGUCUUAAGAGAUGGACGGACUCUAAUUGGAUAUUUAAGAACAAUUGAUCAAUUUGCCAACCUUGUGUUGCACAGAACGAUAGAGCGCAUUCAUGUUGGGAAGAAGUAUGGUGAUAUACCUCGUGGUAUUUUUAUUGUUCGAGGGGAGAAUGUGGUCUUAUUAGGAGAAGUGGACCUAGAAAAUGAAAAUAACCUUCCCCUGGAGCAGGUGAAUAUUGACACCAUACUUGAGUUACAAAGGGAACAACAGCUGGAAAGAGAGGCUGAGCAGGAGAGGAAGAAAAAAGCUAUGGCAGAGAGGGGCAUUCAUAUAGAUCAAGCCAUUGAUGACUUUUAAAUUAGACUCUGGUAAAAAUUUUGUUGGCAUUAUCUUUGUGAAAUUGCUUAGUUGACCUCAGUGCUGAGCUAAUGUAGUGUGUCUCAAUGAAACAUAUAUCAAAGCACAGGUAGCUGGAUUUUAUUUAACUUUGCUAUUUUUUACACAAUAUAAAAACCUUUGAAACUAUUAUACUGUUAAUAGUCUUAUUUUUUAUCUGCAUGUAUCACACUUGCUGUUUAGAAAAAGAAAGCAAAGCAUACUUAAAAAUAGGCUUUAAACCUAGAGCAACAGUGAUUCAUCGAGAUGCAUUUCACCAAUUGUAUAAAAUAGAGCACAAGGUUGUUGCAAUAACUGUCAAGUUAAAAUAACUAAUUUUUUAUGCAUAUUUUUGUUAGCAUUAGUAUUGAUUGUACAUAUUUAAAAUGUUUACAAUGCAUAUGACUACAAUUACUACAAAAGUAAAGCAGCAUUAAACUGCUUUUCUUUGUAAAACAUAAACUUCGUGCAAAAUAUGUAAUAAACGUAACUGAA